GCACGACACCUUUACUAUGAGCUCGAGGUUGGCUCAGCCAGCAGACUCACGUUCAAUCUUUCUUGAUGUGCUUUUACUUGAACAGUCCAUCAUGGCCAUGGAACUCAAUGUCACCGCCGUGAGCUGGCCCUCUCUCUACAAUCCAGCCAUCGAGCUCUCCGUCAGCCGUGGUCCCCUGCAACCCGUGCAGCCAGGUGGCUCUUAUCUCGUCAAUCCAGAUGACAUCUUUCGCUUCACUCUUUACUGGACUCUUAUUUUUCACAUUCCUUUCUAUGUCAUCUGUGGCAUCUAUGCCUUCCUCAAUUUUGCAUUUCCGCCUCCGCGUCGAUCAAUAGCGACAUUCCCGCUUGAAACGUCUCCCCGCAUUCCCUUCUCCCCCGGUUCCAACCAAACCGAACAAUGGAUCAAGCGUCCACGACCUAACGUUCGCCGUUCUCGACUCACUUUCGCCCUCCUCGUUAUUCUUGCGUUUCUGUUCCUUAGUCUCACUGGUGCUGUCAUGGGAGCAGCUGUAGUCGGCUUCGUACUUGCAGGUGUAUACAAGGCAGGCGGCUUUUACAUGUCCACCUGGGUCCCGUUCGUAUGGGCUGUGAUCCAGAGCCUAGUAGGGCUUCUGGCGAUCUGGCCGUCUAUCAUCAACAUCAUUUGAGCUCUUGUGGCUCUGCGAGUUUGCGUCCGAGCCCAAGAUUAUGGCUCCACCUUGGAUUAGGCACGCCUUGCCUUGCAACCCCUAUACCCCCAAGUGAUCGGUAUUUGUCC